GAGGGGGUGGCGCGGACGCCGGGGGCGCCGAUCCGGGCCGGUGGCCGCGCGGAGGGCCCUUCCCGGAGGGCGGCUCCCGGACCCUGUGGGCGCCAGCCCCUUCCCUUUCCCAGGUCGCGCCAGCACGCCGCAGCCUUACACCGCAUGCGGCCUGCUGCGCUAGAGUUGUUCGUAUCGCAUCGUUUAAAGUGAAUCGUUACAGUCGAAAGGGGCUACCUAGUGGCUGCAGGUGCUGUGCGUAGCAUUUCUAACCCCGGUAUUUGCCCUGUGGUCCUGUUUUCCGUGUGAUCGCCCCAAUUGCCGCUGUCCUCCCGCCCGGAGUUCCGUUUUGGGUGAAGUGGUUCCAGAAACACCCCCUGCCAGAUCAUGCCUUUCUCCACGCACAUGAAAAAAGCAGUGAUGCUUAUAAAUGCAAUAGAUACAGGAAGAUUUCCACGAUUGCUAACUCGAAUUCUUCAAAAACUUCACCUGAAGGCAGAGAGCAGCUUCAGUGAAGAAGAGGAAGAAAAACUUCAAGCUGCAUUUUCUCUAGAGAAACAAGAGCUUCACCUAGUUCUUGAAACAAUAUCGUUUAUUUUAGAACAGGCAGUCUAUCACAAUGUGAAGCCAGCAGCUUUGCAGCAGCAGUUAGAGAACAUUCAUCUUGGACAAGACAAAGCAGAAGCAUUUGUCAGUGCUUGGUCUUCUAUGGGUCAAGAGACAGUUGAAAAGUUCAGGCAGAGGAUUUUGGCUCCCCAGAAGCUUGAGACGGUUGGAUGGCAGCUUAAUCUUCAGAUGGCUCACUCAGCUCAAGCAAAACUCAAAUCUCCUCAAGCUGUGUUACAAUUGGGAGUGAGCAAUGAAGAUUCAAAGAGCCUGGAGAAGGUUCUUGUGGAAUUUAGUCACAAGGAGUUGUUUGAUUUCUAUAACAAGCUAGAGACCAUACAAGCACAGCUGGAUUCCCUUACAUGAUGUCGCCGAAGACUGGUUUUCCAUCUCACCCCUGCCACCUCAUCAUUCCGCAUUGAAGAUAGAUUGCCAGGUUAUGUUUCCGAAGAUUUCAGUGGCUUGCUUUCUGUAAAUUAUAUGGUUAUCACUUCUUAGACAAGUAACAGCCAAGGGAGAUCCUCGUAAGAGUACUGAGAUUCUAAUACGCUCUCAGCAGUUCCUUCUGUUUGAAAGGAAGCAACAGUGAUUACCAUGUCUGUAGCGCCAUACUGCUUUCUCGUUUGACCUGUUCAUUGUUUAAUGCUUGCUGACAACUUUGUGUAUCAAGGAGAGUACAGGAAUGUGUCCCCUAGCAGAAUACAGCGCUUCGGUAGGUAUAUUGAAAAAAUUAAGAAAAUAAGCCACAUACAGUCAGAUAUAUUGUGAUAUUUUCCUUGACUAUGAUGAGCAUGUUUUGCUGUGGAAAUAAUGGGAAGGCAAUUUGAAAUAGAGCUGGUAGUACUUUAGCAGUUCAUUGCGGUCUGACAGAGAAGUCCACUUACAUUUUUUCUCUGAGCUUAAUGAUUUAAUAUUACUCUAGGUUUUUAUGUGUUUUUCUUUACUGCAGAUUAGUAAUUACACACUUCGUAGUGUGGGGGACAGAUUCAGAUAAUGAGUAAAAUCGCUGCAACGAGUGCUAAAUGGGCAUCCUUGAAAUUUCCAAUUUGUUACCUUUUACUUUCUCUUUCUGUAAAUGUAUUCAUUCUUUUCCACCAAUAAAAAUUUGUCUUAGAAUUA